AUCUACUACACUUUAAAAGAGACUCAAGAAAUCACUAUUCCUAAAAGAACUUUCAAUCUUGGCCGUCCAUUUGAUUCUCUCUCCAUGCGAUCUAUUUAAUCAUGGCCCUUCCUUUGUGAGACUUUUUUCAUCUUUAUUCCACUCAAGCUGCUCUAAUUUUCUGAUAUACAGAACGUCGUGAUAGAGUGUGUUCACCAUGGUUUGAUUUCGUGGGUAUAUGUCACCCCUGCAACCCCUGUCCCUGUAGCGUGUUUCUGGAUGAGGCAAAGAGUGUGUCCAUAGCCAUCGUCAUUCUUGCAGAUAGCCUGUGUCCUGCAGUAGUUGUUUGGGUUAGGUGUAGUUGUAGAAGGAAGGAUCAUUGUAAGUUUGGUUGAAGUAGGAAGUCGAAAUUUUAGGUUUUCCUGUUGAACACGAUUUAGGGAAAAUUUCGUCACCCUGACCUAAGUUUCUUCAAGUCAUUGUCAGAUAGGUUGUAAUUUGAAGGAGGAGAAUAGAACUGUUGAUGAAGGAUUUUGAUAUGUGCAGAAUGUGCUGUCUGAAGGAGGAUGGUAGAUGUGUAUCAGAAGCCAUGUCAGGUCAGUAACAGAGGUUUGGUAUGCAUAGCUGUGAAGCAGCUUAUGCCCAAGCAAAGAUGUUUCCUGUUGUUGAUCCUGGCAAACCAUAUGCUAUUAAUCUUGUCUUGAUCGUUCAUAGGUUAUUUCUUUUCUUGAAGAAGUGCUAUGUGCUUGCUUCCAGGUAGGUUUUUUCUAUAUGUCUUCUUUGGUUAUAUUGCUUUCAUUGGUUUUAAAGGGUGAUCUUGAGGUUUUCUGUCCAGUUUUGGAAGUUGUGGUCUCAAAAAUUAUUGUAUAGUAAAACCUGAUAUUUGAAAUUGAAAAAAAUUUCAAAAUAGGUUAUUAUGUUUGUUUUCAUAAGUUGAUUAUAGUAUUUUGCUUCCUAUUCAGGUUAUUGGUUAGUGAAUUUGCUUUAUUGCAGUAAAAGGAUAAAGCAUAGCAUCUUAUCAUAAUUUUAAGGCUGCCACUGCACAAAAAAUUGCAAUUUCUUUGAAAACACUCAUCAAAUAUGUUUUCAUGACAUACCUGUAUAUUAAUUGGAAUCACGUGCUUAGGCAAAUCUGCAGUUGAAGCAAUAUAACUAUAUAUUUUCAUUAGUUUGUCACCCCUGGAUCUGGUCUGUCCUUUGGAUGUGAGUAUUGCCAAGCCUUUGUUGAUAUAGUAUAAUGAUUUAUUAAUUUAUAUUGGAUUAGUUUGAUUACUUGAUUCCUUCCUCAAUUAUUUUUUCCUUGAUGCAUUCUGUUGUUGAUGUUGAUUACCUGCUGGAGGUUGAGGAAAAAAUUAUUGGAAAAGAAUUGUUGUUCAAAGUUUCUAAGAUUCCUGGUAUUACAAUUAAGGGGUUUCCUUGCUAUGAGGUUCUUCGAAUUUGUGCUGAUACUGAGAUCAUUUCACUUUUCUUUUCUGAGGCAGCGAGUACUACAUCGAUUAUGGUGACAGAUGGUGAGGGAGAACAUGCUGCCCAUGUUGCUGGAUAUGGAAAAAGUAUCAAUGAAGGUGCUCUUACAAAUUUGGUGAAAAGAAAAUUGAAAGUGUCUGGUAGUGAGUUUUAUGAAGAUGCAGAUAGCAAGCUAAGAAAGGUUGAAACAAAGGUGGUGGAGAAGGUAGAAAUCACUGGUCAUGACUUUGCUAAUGCUGAUGAUGGAUUGUUAGGUGAAAUUAAUCGCUUGAAGGAAAUUAAGAUAGCUGAUGGGGGGUCUGACUGUGAGGGUCGUUUUGUACCAAUUGCUGAGUUCAAGGUCCAGGAAAAACAUGAAAUUUCAACCUGCUGGCUUCUAGAGGUUCAUUACUGGAUGUUGGAUAUUGCUUACUCUGAAUGAAGAAUUCAAUGUACCUGGGUGUUAUGUGUUAGCAUUAUGUAUGUCCCUUUUUUGUAAAUCUAUGGGGCCAUUGAACUAAGUAUUAUAUUUAAUUAAGUGUGAUGCUACAUGUCCUAUGUUAGAACUGCAUGUAGUUUGGUGAACGUGAUAUGUAUUUGCUAUUUUGUAACCUCUUGAGAACUGUGAUGUGCAGAAUUGUAGUUUAAGUAACCCUAUUAUCAAUAUAAGUUUGUGUUUGUAUUCAUUGUGAAUGCUUCAUUUGUCCUUUUCCAACAAUAUGCU